ACAUAGUGUGCUGAAUCUCCCUAGUAACAAAAAAACAAAUGCUUUAUAUUGAUUUCGAUGUAACACAACAAUAGAACAAAUGAAACGAUAAAGUAGACCAAUCACACCUCGACAAGGAACCUGUAUAGAAGAACACAAAAUAAGAAACUUCAUUACACAAUAAGGAAUACGCCUUCGUGGUUACCCACCAUCGAUGUAAAUUAACGAAACGUUAUGUCUCUGUAAAUGUUAAAAAUUUCGUUGAAUUCAAAAGAGACGACAAGACGAACAACUACAAAUUCUGAACAUACAUAAAAUCCGCAUAAUAGGCUUACAAGCUUCAUGCUUGGAUCUCUUAACCAAGGUAUCUACGAGAAAACAUUUAGGCAGCUGCUAACAGCAAACCGACAGAAAAAGGAAACUAUACGCAUUAAAUUAUCAGCCCAUUCUGUAUUGGCAAAGACAUGAACACAACACAGAAUUGCCGGGUGUUUUGAACCAAAUAUUGAAUGAUAUUCAUUAAAAAGGAGGAUUUUUGUAUUUUGGAACGUUUACACGCAAUUCGAAUAGUGAAGUAAAUAUAGCGACGUCGUUUAACAGCUUUUUAUAACUGAACACCAUGUCUUACCCGGGAACGAGUGAUAAUCCACAAGACAAAAUAUACAUUAAUGUUGGAGGGAAACGUCAUGAAUCUUAUUUGUCCACACUACAAAAUAUUCCUGACACACGCUUGGCCUGGAUGGCAGAGACCAUUAUGAAUAAACAAGGAGAAGAAUCAACAACGAAGGAACUCUUCUUCGACAGGCAUCCCGACUUAUUUGCAUUGAUACUAAAUUAUUAUAGAACUGGAAAACUACAUGCUCCAAGGCAUGUUUGUGGACCACUCUUUGAGGAUGAGCUAAAUUUUUGGGGAAUAGAAGAAAAGGAGAUGGAAGCUUGUUGCUGGCCGACCUAUAUACAGCAUCGUGAAGCAGAAAAGAAUUUAAAAGAAUUUGUAGGACCGGAGUUUGAAGAUGAAGAAUCUGAAGAAGAUAAUAAAGAACUUGAAAACGGCUAUGGGAGCGAUGCAAACUCCCUUUCUUUAUGGCAGAGAUACCAACCACCCAUAUGGGCUGUAUUAGAUGAUGCCUUUUCCUCAUCUAAAGCUAAGGUGUUUGCCUGGGUAUCACUACUUAUGAUCCUGAUAUCUGUUUUACUAAUGUGUGCAGCCAGUCUUCCCUCCAUACGAGAACAUGAAUCAACCAGACAAGUGUUUAAAGAAGUGGAAUACUUUUUUUGUGCUUGGUUUACACUUGAAUUUCUAAUACGAUUAAUAUUUUGUCCAAGCAAAGUUGCAUUUUUCAAGCAAAUAAUGACAUGGAUUGAUUUGAUCUCACUCAUGCCAUACUAUAGUAAAAUAAUUUUCAAUACCAACAAAGUUGAUUUUUUCAGAGCAAUUCGGCUCAUUCGGCUUUUCAGAGCUUUUCGUUUCUUCAAGUUUACAAGUGGUCUACAAAUAAUCGUUCAGUCAUUAAAAGCAAGUGUCAGGGAGCUUCUGUUGUUGGUUAUCAUUUUAUUGAUUCCUGUGGUCCUCUUCUCGAGUUUCGUAUAUGAAAUGGAAAAGGAAAUGCAACCAGUUAAGUUCAAUAGCAUUCCACAAACCUUCUGGUGGGCGGUUAUUACAAUGACAACCGUUGGAUAUGGCGACAUGUCGCCAAAGUCUGUCGUUGGACAAAUUAUUGGUAGUGUUUGCGCAAUCUGUGGAGUUCUUAUUAUUGGUCUCCCUGUGUCUGUCAUUGGAAAUAACUUUUCAACCUAUUAUGAGCACGCUCAGGCGAGAUUAAGUUUGCCAAAGAAAAAACGGAGGCUAAUCAUGGGAGAUGCAAAUCGCUUAGCAAUAUUGCAGGGGCAAUCCAAUUCAAGUGGAGAGCGAGACCGCAAAUCAAUUAGUGUUGACCUGCAUACUAAUGAUAGUAAUAGUGAAGAAGAUAUGUCUAGAAAUUAUCGACGUUACCACAAAAGAUCUAGGAAUACGAUCUUUGCCCGAGGAGAUGUUUAUAUUGGACAAAUCAAGACAAAACAUUCAGAUCUCUCUCCACCAAUGGAAAGAAAUGCGGAGGAGAAUAAUGACGGGAAUGGUGAAGUAUAUCACAUGGAGAGAGGAGAACUGAAAGGAGAUACUAUCGAUUGUAAGAAUCCAUGUUUUAUUCUAACGAACAAUAUACAUGAAAGUGAAGAAAUGGUAGAAGAACAUCAAAAUAGUCAUCCGAAAAAUAUUCCUGAAAAUAAAAGUAAAAGAGAGGGUCCUGUAACAAAAUCCAUAUCAUUAGUUGAAUUGAAAAAUAUCAAUAGUUCUAAUCCGUUAUUGUCUUCUGGCACUCCAAGACCAAGUAGCACUCGCUCUUUUCGGUCUCGUGUUUCACCGAGUCCCGCCGGAGAAACUGAUAAAAAUAUUGGCCAACAACCUCGUAAGGUGAGGUGUAACAAUUCUUUAACAUUACCACCAUUGACAUUAACACUUUCUAAAACUCCGGAAUGUGAUUCAAAAGGCAAUGUAUACCAAAAUGGGACCGAACAGGCUCCGAGCCAAAACACUCCAGCGCAUAAAAGUGACAAUAGCGUUUACAUUGAGGAAAAACAUAAAAGAACACGAAUGCAUCAAAAUGGRAAUGUUUCUUAUGGAUGAUCAAAAGAUAUCUAAAACUUUUAAGUUUUUAUCCAUUUAAGCUUUUUCAAGGAAGAGUAUUAAAUACCCUAGCUGCCUGUAUUAUUUAUUCCAGUCUGGCCUUUAAUAGUCUGCGUAGCGACCCAAAAGGGAUGGGAAAGGGAUAUUGGGUGGGGGCCAAUUCCCUCUUGUCCCUUUUUCCACAGCCUUCCCCACCAGACUCCCACUUCCCUUAUCUCUUUUGGACCGCUACGCAGAUUACUCCAUCUCUACGAUGCAAACUAUGUUGGCUUUACGUGAAGUCAUCAUCGUAGGAAGAACACAAGACAUUGGAGAUUUGCAUUGACCUACGUACAGAGCAUGGUUGUGACACUAACAGACUUUACUAUACUUAAGCGCUGCGAAACAAAUCUUGAUUGUCAUAUGUAUGAGUUGCCUAUUCAUAACGUUUCAAAGACCAUUACUUAACAUCCAA